AUGACAAGUCUUUCAGUCUUGGAUUUGUCGAGUAAUGGAAAACUUUAUUCCUUGCCGGAGGAAGUUUCAAGCCUGGUAUCGCUGCAGCUUCUCAACUUAUCAGGUACGUCGAUAAUACAGUUGCCGACUGGUCUGAAAAAACUUGUCAAGCUGAUACACUUGGAUUUGGAGUUCACACCGUUUCUUGAAGGAAUUGAUGUGAUAGCAAGUUUAUUGAAUUUGCAAGUACUGAGAUUAUACAAGUCUGCUGUACCUGUGGAUCUCGAUAUAAUGGAGGAUAUAAUUCUGUUGAAGAGUCUGAAAGAGUUGAGUUUAACCGUGAAAGAAGUAACUGUUUUGCAGCGGCUACAAAGUAUCCACCAGUUGGCAAGUUGUAUCCGACGUUUACAUCUCAGAGGAAUUAAGAUAACCGAGGGAGGAAUAUCGUCGCUGACGUCUGGUCUUCGCGAACUUGAUAUUUCUGUGUGUAAUCUCCCUUUGGAGAUAACCAUUGACUGGAGAAGGGAGACGUUACAGUCUGACAACAUUGAGAAAAUUCAACAAUUCCGGAACAUACGCACAGUGCAUCUUUAUUCCUGCAGAGGUCUAAAGGACUUGACAUGGCUGCUAGUAGCCCCGAGUCUUAGCCUUCUACGUUUAGAUUCCUGUCCGGAAAUGGAAGAAGUCAUAAGCGAAAAGAAAGCCAUGGCCCAGCUGGGUCUUACGAGUGAGCAGCCCUUUCAAAAUCUAACUAGCCUCUACCUAGAUGCUUUACCUGCACUGGAGAGCAUCUACUGGAAUCCUCUACCCUUUCCAGUUCUGGAAUAUCUCAGGAUAAGAGGCUGUCCGAAGCUAACCAGACUUCCACUCAACUUCGAGAGCACUAAAGGAGAUCGAUUUAAAAUUGAUAUCGACAGACGAUCUAUACAGGGAGUUAAAUGGGAGGAUGAUGCUACUGAACGACGGGUCUUUAGUCAGAUGGACGACAUGUCCGUCCCCUCCACUGUAGCAAAUGAAAAAGAGAUGAAAGAGAGUGCAAAAGCACAUGAAAGAGAGAUUCGUAUGCUGGAAGAUACGCUAAAACACACUGCAGCAAAUCAUGAAAGAACCAUUCGUCAAAGGAGAGAAAUAAGUCAACUGCCCCUGAUGGAAGAUAUGCUAAAACACACUGCAGAAAAUCGUCAGAUGAAAGAGGAAAUUCUACGGCGCCAACGUAUGGAGGAUUCGCAGAAACAGAAUGCAGCAAAUCUUGACAGAGAAAUACGUCAGAUGAGAGAAGAAAGUCAGCGCAUUCAGGCCCAUAGGGAACAGCUGGUUCAUCAACAGGCGAAAAUGUUUCAGCAACCGGCCCCACCCCGUCAACCUGAAUGCAACAUUAUGUGA